UUUUCUUUGCACAUUCUAAAUUUUAUUGAAAAAUAUUGUGUAGCAGAUAGUUAAAUCAGUUUAGCACUUUUAGUACCUAAUUUCUGUUUUUCCGAUUUUUUUUUAGCGGAUUUCCCGUCUCAUUAUUUUGAGUAGGGUUAGGCAAACGAUUUUUUGUUGGUUUUUUUUACAGAAACGUAUAUACACAUAGUAUAUUUUCAGAAAGAAGAAGAGUUAGGCUUGUUUUUUGUGUUACUUUUUUACAUGAUUGUCAUACCUUUUUUUUGACUAUUUUGCUCAUGAAAAUUAUGUUGAUGUUUACUUGUUCAAUUAUUGUUGAAGGAAUCUAUAUUCCGCUUUUUUGAUUUUUUAAAAAAGUUUCUACAUGCAUUUCUUUUGCACCUGCCAAAUUUCAUGAAAAAAUAUUAUGUAGCAAUUAGUUAAUUCAGUUAAACACUUUUGGUACCUAAUUUCUGUUUUCAAAAAUAGCCGAGGUGGGGCUGAGGGGGAGAGAGUUUUUUUUUUCUUCAAAAAUGUUUAUUGCAUAUUGUUUCACUUAGAUUGUUAGUAAUUAAAAAAAUGAAUAAUAUAAAUGAACUGGGUAAUCAAACAGAUACUUCAUCGUCAUCUGAUGCAGUUGUUUUAUCAACAUCUGCCAGUGGCAAAUUUUUUCAGAUCUGUAUAGAGUUAAUGUCGAAAUCAAAGUUAUUUUGGUUAAUUUUUUUACCUUUAGCUUUGUCACCAUCUGCUAUGGUUGAUGCAGGCUUACUAUUUCAUCAGUUUUUGAGAUUCCUCCAAUCAACUCAGCCUUCCACUGUUUUAGUUUUAGUUCCAUCUACAUCUGAAACAGUUGUUUCAUCAACAUCUACCACAUUUAGAAAGUUUAAAAGCUAUUUCUUUGUUCACUUUGUAUGUAAUAUGUGUAUCUGCAUCUACAUCUGCUUUGGUUGGGUUUAUAUAAAAUGCUUCAUAAUGCUUUGAAAUCUUAACUAUCAUUGAAAAGAUGAAUUUAUACAAACACUUAUCUGCAAAACAACUUGAAGAUUUAGAUGAUGUGAUAUCUGAAAGAAUUGCUGGCAGAAAACUCUGUCAUGAAUGGUAUGAUACUGACUCAUCAAAGUCUAUCAUUUAUGAUGGUAGACUAGAAAAAGUAAGCAAGAGACAAAAUGAUAGAAUUUACACUAUUUCUUACUAAAAACAAGACAAAACUGAUAUUGAAGCUGUUGAGCAUAAGAUGAAAAAAAUCCAGCUAGCUGCUGAUGUUGUAUUAGAUGAGAUAAUAUUUUCUUAGUUUGAAUAUGAAAUAAUGUAAAAAUGCUUGAAAAAAAAGUUCUGCAAGUUUUGUGGCUUGCAAACAAGUACUUCAAGGUUUGUGGAUUGCAAAUAGAUACAGCAAGUUUUGUGGUUUGCAAACAAGUACAACAGGUUUUGUGGCUUGCCAUUAGGUAAAGCAAGUUUCGUGGCUUGCAAUUAGGUACAGCAAGUUUUGUGGCUUGCAAAUAGGUACAGCAAGUUUUGUGGCUUGCAAAUGGGUACAGCAAGUUUUGUGAAUUGCAAAUAAGUACAGCAAGUUUUGUGGCUUGCAAACAAGUACCGCAAGUUUUGUGUCUUGGAAAUAGGUACAGCAAGUUUUGUGGCUUGCAAAUUUUUUUUGAUAGAUGGCUCUGGCUUACCUUCACAUGGUGUCUAUCAUUAAAAAUGAUUUAUUCAGUUCAAAAAUGGAAUUCAAAACAUAAAUCAUUUACUAAAAGCCAAGACAAUAGUUAAUUACUUUUUUUUAUUUCAAAAGACUUGCUGCUUUGUGUUUUUUUUUAGGUUGGAGUUCAACAACAAACUUGUUUUACCUAAUGGCAAGCCACAAAACUUGUUGUACUUGUUUGCAAGCCACAAAACUUGUUGUAUCUAUUUGCAGUCUUGCAACAUAUAUUGGGCGGAAGGGGCGGCUUGCACCUCCUUUUAAGAAGGCAAUUUAUACACCACUGUAACAUGUAUUGGGCGGAAGGGGCGGCUUGCACCUCCUUUUAUGAAGGCAAUUUAUACACCACUGUAACAUGGUAUUGGGUGGAAGGGGGGCGGCUUACACCCCCUUCCAUGAAGUCAAUUUAUACACCACUAGUUACUAUUUUUCCAAGUAUCGAAAUAUUUUUUUUAUUUUUUAUACUAAAAUUAAUUGUUUUAGUAAAGAUUGAAAUAUUUAAAAGAAUGAAAUUUUGAUAGGGUUAAACCUUAUUCAAAACCCAACACCCGACUUUGAGAUAGACUUGUAAUAUUCACUAGUGAUGUGGAAUAAAAUAAUAACAAUUUUUUGUAUAUA